ACAACAAUCACUCUCACCAUCAGCGACAAGAAGAGACCAACUGAACAACUGAGCUCCAGUGGACACCAUGGCCUCUGCUCUCUCUGUGCGCUCAGUGCGGCAGCCCUCCUUCUCCAACAUCUCUGUGAGGGGCAGUGGACGCAGCAUCCGCUCCAAACCCUCUGUCUCCAAUCUUUCCUCGAUCGCCACUCUGUCGCGCUCCCUCUCUCUGGGCAAUGGCCUCAACGUGCUGGGCUCCAGCCUCUCCAAUGGCCUCAGCGUCAGCGAGAAGGAGACCAUGCAGGGCCUGAACGACAGGCUGGCCAACUACCUGGACAAGGUGCGGUCACUGGAGAAAUCCAAUGCUGAGCUGGAGGUGAAGAUCAAGCAGCUUAUGCUGGACAGAGCUCCAAAAGGGUACGACAUUGAGGGGAUGAUGGCACAGGCCCAUGCCAUUGGACAGGAGGUGAGAAAGAAGACACUGGAGAAUGCCCGUAUAAUGCUGGAGAUUGAUAAUGCCAAGCUGGCGGCUGAUGACUUCAGGGUCAAAUGGGAGGCAGAGGCCACCUUGUGCCAGUCAGUGGAGAGGGACUGUCAGGCUCUGAGGAGAGCAAAGUCAGACCACGACCAGAUCAUCGCCACUCUCCGAGGAGACCUGGACAGCCUGAAGGAGGAGCUCUACUUCCUCAAGAAGAAUCACCAGGAGGAAAUGAACUCCCUGAAGGCCCGUUUGGACAAUGAGCAGGUGAACGUGGAGGUGGAUGCGGCUCAAAGUCCUGAUCUUGGGGCCAUCUUGGCUGAACUCAGGGUCCAAUAUGAGGGCAUUGUUCGCAAGAACAAGGAGGAGGCCGAGUCUUGGUACCUGAAGAAGUUAGAGGCAGUACAGUCGGAGGUCAAAGAAAGCAACGAGGCUUUGCGUUGUGCCCAAAGUGAGCUCAGUGAGAGGCGGCGUUUCCUUCAGGCUCUAGAAGUUGAGCUUGAGAGCGUUCGUAAACAGGUUAGCGUGUUAGAGGGAAAUCUCGGAGAAUCGGGACACAAGUACUCUGUGGACAUGGACCGUCUUCAGGCCAUUCUGACACAGCUGGAGGAUGAGCUGUCUCAGCUGCGUUUGGACAUGCAGCGCAACAAGACUGACUACGAACAGCUACUACGCAUCAAGCAGAACCUGGAGAUGGAGAUCGCCACCUACAGGAGGCUGCUGGAAGGAGAGGACGUGGUGAAAGAAACUCCCCCUCCACCUCUUAAAAAAGACCCCGAUGUAAGGACUAGGAAGAUUGUGAAAGUCGUCACUCAAACAAUGAUCAAUGGCAAAGUAGUCGAUGAGUCCAGCGAGGUGGAGGAGAUCGAGGAGCGCAAAAAAUGAACCAAAGUGCAUCAGUACGGAAGCAAUGUUUCAUAAAGCAUUAGCUGACUGUGGAUCAAA